CCCGCUCCAGGCGGGGCGGAGCAGAGAGGCGGGGUUUAGUUACCGGAAGUUUAGCCGGAAAGGAAGUGGUGCCGGACCGGAAUUUGCACGAUGGGGAUCGGAGGGAAAAUCAACCGGCCCCGAACGGAGCUGCGCAAGAAGCUCUUCAAGCGGCGGCGGGAGCGGGCGCGGGGCCGGCGGCAGAAGCGGCGGUCGGUGUCGGUGCCCACGGGUCAGGCCCCGGUGUGGGGGAAGCGGCUGCGGAAGGAGCUGAAGCGGCUGCGGGCGCUGAAGGCGGCGGUGACCGAGGCGAAGCGGCCGCGGGAGGAGGAGGCGGGAAAGGGGAACGGCGACGUGGAGAUGGCGGAGGCGGCCCCGUGACAGCGGGGACACCCCGGUGACAGCGGGGACAUCCCGGUGCUCCCAUUGCCGCCAGUGGCGCCCGCUCACCGCGCUGGAAGCGCCCCGGUGCCCCCUCGGUGGUCCCGGUGUCCCCAGUCCCUCCCAGUCUGUCCCAGUACCCCCAGUAAAGGAUUUCUCUCAUCUGUC